AUGUUUGGUGCCGCAAACGUCGUCGAGCACUACAGCCAUGGGAUAGUGAAGACAUGGAAAGAUGAGAUAGACUCUCUUGUUGUCUACGCGGGUCUGUUUUCGUCCAUCCUCACCGCGUUCAAUGUCCAGUCGUAUCUCCUCCUUCAACCCGCCACUCCCGACCCUACCAUUGCCGUACUGCAGCAGAUCUCACUACAGCUGAACAGCUUCUCUGUCAACCCUCCUGGCGCACUCGUCAACUCCACCCAUCCUGUCACCCCCUUCGCGGCCGUCCAGACGUCCCUGGUCGAGUCAUGGGCUGUCUGGCUGAACAGCCUGUGGUUCUCUGCGCUCAUCUGCAGUCUCUCCUCCGCCUCCGUCGGCAUCUUAGUCAAGCAAUGGCUGCACGCGUACCAGGCUGGCAUCUCAGGCGACUCGGUGGAAUUCGCGUGA